CCGGCAGCCCACAGCUGCUGGCCUUCACACCCCUGGGCACUGAGGUCUGAAACUUGACCCUAGCCAGGACCAGCCCUGCCCCGUUGGAGGAAAUGGCUGAACUGCCUGAGCAACAGCAAACGAAAACUUCCUUCCUCUUCAUCCAGCUGCGGGCCCCCGCUGCCCGAGCUCUCCCCGCCCUGUCUCCAGCCACUGCAGCCUGGACAGCAGCCUCAGGGGGCCCAGAGGAGGGACACAUUUUCCCAAGUCCCAGGACAGGCUUCUUGGCAGGCCGGGACCUCAGGCGCACACAGGGCUUGGCUGCCCCUCCCUCGCGCCUGCUGCAGAAGGAGGACCGUGGGACAGAGGAACCAGCUGCUUUCAGUUGCUCUGCUCUGAAGGAGGAGACGGAGGGAGAGGAAGAACCCCAGAGUCUGGAUGUAAGGAGGGGUGGAGUUUGCGGAUUCCCACGUUGCAGGCGUUCCCUGGCUCCUGCGUCCAGGAAACUCGGACGGCUGCAGCCCCUGUCAUGCAGGCUUCUUAGCCCCACUCCCGCCAUGAGCCAUGGAAGCAGCAAUCCCUCCAUGGGCUGGAAGCACUGGUGGGACAUUACUGCCCCCCAGGACCUGUGGAGCGUGGACCCGCAGUCUUGGGAGGCCUUGAGAUGCUCAGUUCCACAGGCCCCCCUGGCCCAUGCUGCUGACAGGGGUGAAAGGGCUGUGAAGAGAGGUGCUGUCACCCGCCAGGUGCUCCCGAAGAGCUGUGAAGAGGGCACAGGUACCACAAGGCUCUACAGAUACUGUCCGCCCAUUCAGACCAGCGCGAGCUUCCUGGUCCCACCUGCUGCUCUGCCUCUCAAGGCAGAGACAUUUCUUUGGGUUAACAGUGCAUCAGCACAUUCCCAGAGUGUUGCCAAGGCCAAAUAUGAAUUUUUAUUUGGCAGAUCUGAAGAGAAAACUCCAGAUACUAGUGAUCAUGGAGGAAGCACUUUACUCCCACCGAAUGUCACAAAUGAAUUUCCAGAAUAUGGGACCAUGGAGGAAAGUGGAGAAAGCGUAAGAGCUUCUCUCAAGUUUGAUGCAAAGUCUCUGCCAUGUUGCCCACAAGGGCAGCAGGGGGUCCAGCUUCUUGCUGGCCACCACUCUGGGUUCGACAGUGUUACAGAACGACCAAGAGAUGUCGGAGAGGCCCCCUCUCAAAAUCACCUCAAGGAACAAAGUUUACAACCCAUUGACUCUUUGAUUUCAGCUCUGAAGGCUCCAGAAUCCAGAAUAGCUUCAGGAACAUUACAGGCUACAAAAGUACUGGACAAAGAUGCUGUUUCUCGUUUGUCAGUUCAGCAGGUGGAAAAAGAGCUGGACCCUGCCGGUCAUAAAGCACAGAGAGCCAACGCACUGUUCCCUGCUGGCCAAGAAAAAUCACCGGAUAUCCCUCUUUCAGCUGAAGUUACGAGGGAGGGAAAUUUGUAUUCAAGCAUCCAGAAGGAUCUGACUGUACUGUUAACUGCAGAAACUCAGGCAGAGCUUUCCCAGAUAACUAAUGGGAGAAAAGGGGCUCUCCAUGUGCAGGAGCCAGCUUGUCCAGUUUCCUCCAUAGGGAGCCCAGCAGCGACCCACAACUCUGCGGGCAGUGUUGGUUUUUUGAGAGAGAGAAGGUCUGAUCUGGGGAGAGAGCACCCAGGGGGAUGUGAUCGAGGCAGCUCCACAGGACGCCCAGGCCGAGUCAAACAUGUGGAAUUCCAAGGGGUGGAAAUAUUGUGGACAGGAGGGGAGAAAGGAGAGAGAUGGCAUCCUGUAGGUUAUGAGACAUCAUUGGAAAGGACCACCUCUCUUGAAAGCAAAGAGUUUUCCAAAGUGCCAGGCCAUCUCGUCUCGUCUGCUGUUUUGCAUGCUUCAGUUGGUUUAACUGAGAGUGUUUGCGAUGAAACCUGGAGAGCACCUUCAGAGAGGCCUGGCACCAGCUCAGGGACGUUUUCCCCUGUGCCUCUAGUUGAGAGUGGAGAGGAUGAAGUCUUCCUAAAGGAAAACAAAGAACAUCUUAAGAAACCUGUGCUGGAGAGAGACAAGGAAAGGACUCUUGAGCAAGAAGAGCACUUUAGGGCAGGAGAUGAUGAUACCCUUGGGCCAGAGUAUGCAGAGGAUGCCACUGAUGUGUAUAGCUCCCAGUUUGAAACCAUUUUGGACAACACUUCUUUAUACUACAGUGCUGAGUCCUUGGAGACAUUAUACUCAGAGCCUGAUAGCUGUUUCAGCUUUGAAAUGCCCCUCACUCCAAUGAUCCAGCAGCGCAUUAAAGAAGGCAGUCAGUUCCUGGAGAGGACGGCAGUGGGAGGACCGCAGGACAUCCUGAGCGUCUCGGCAGAUGGCAGAAUAGUGAUGGCCUAUUCUGGUGGGCUCACCAACGGGCUGAAUGACGCCGGUGACUCCAUCUACAUGAAAGGCACCCCGGAGAUUGCUUUCUGGGGAAGCAAUGCUGGGGUGAAAAAAACACUGCUGGAGGCUCAUUCUGAAAUGGGGAGCACUGAAAUUCUGGAUAAGGAGACCCCAGAAAGUCUCAGUAAUGGUACCAGCAGCAAUGUAGAAGCAGCCAAAAGGUUGGCCAAACGUCUUUAUCAACUAGACAGAUUCAAAAGAUCGGAUGUUGCAAAGCACCUGAGCAAAAACAAUGAAUUUAGCAAAUUAGUUGCUGAAGAAUAUCUGAAGUUUUUUGAUUUUACAGGAAUGACGCUGGAUCAGUCACUCAGGUAUUUCUUUAAAGCAUUUUCUCUUGUGGGAGAAACUCAAGAACGAGAGAGAGUUUUAGUACACUUCUCCAAUAGAUAUUUUUAUUGUAACCCAGAUACCAUUGCUUCACAAGAUGGAGUCCAUUGCCUCACCUGUGCAAUGAUGCUUCUUAACACAGAUCUCCACGGCCAUAAUAUUGGAAAGAAGAUGACCUGCCAAGAGUUCAUUGCAAACCUCCAAGGGGUAAAUGAGGGUGGUGAUUUCUCCAAGGAUCUACUGAAAGCUCUGUAUAACUCAAUCAAGAAUGAGAAGCUUGAAUGGGCAGUAGAUGAUGAAGAGAAAAAAAAAUCUCCAUCAGAAGGUACUGAUGAGAAGGCUAAUGGAACACAUCCAAAGACCAUCAGUCGUAUUGGGAGUACUACCAACCCCUUCUUGGACAUUCCUCACGACCCAAAUGCUGCUGUGUACAAAAGUGGAUUCUUGGCUCGGAAAAUCCAUGCAGAUAUGGAUGGAAAAAAGACUCCAAGAGGAAAACGAGGAUGGAAAACCUUUUAUGCUGUACUGAAGGGAACAGUCCUUUACUUGCAAAAGGAUGAAUAUAAGCCAGAAAAGGCCCUGUCUGAGGAGGAUCUGAAAAACGCCGUGAGUGUGCACCACGCGCUGGCGUCCAGGGCCACAGACUACGAGAAGAAACCGAACGUGCUUAAACUUAAAACUGCUGAUUGGAGGGUCUUGCUUUUUCAAGCCCAGAGUCCAGAGGAAAUGCAAGGGUGGAUAAACAAAAUUAAUUGUGUUGCAGCUGUGUUUUCUGCACCACCAUUUCCAGCAGCCAUUGGGUCUCAGAAGAAGUUCAGCCGCCCACUGCUGCCGGCCACUACAACAAAAUUGUCCCAGGAGGAACAGCUGAAAUCUCAUGAAAGCAAGCUGAAGCAGAUUACCACCGAGCUGGCCGAGCAUCGCUCAUAUCCCCCGGACAAGAAGGUCAAAGCCAAGGACAUAGAUGAAUACAAACUGAAAGAUCACUAUCUGGAGUUUGAGAAAACCCGUUAUGAAGUAUACGUCAGCAUCCUGAAAGAGGGAGGCAGGGAGCUCCUGAGCAACAGUGACAGUGAGGCCACAGGACUGAAGAAGUCACAUUCGAGUCCUUCACUGAACCCAGACUCAUCUCCCGUCACUGCCAAGGUCAAGCGUAACGUGUCCGAGAGGAAAGAUCACCGACCUGAAACACCAAGCAUUAAGCAAAAAGUUACUUAGAAUCCACCUGGGACCAGGAAGUGCUGGUCAUGGAGAAAAUAGAGUUUUUCAAGAUCUUUCUGGUAAAUCCAUGAAUAUAUUUAAAACAAAAAGUCUGUGACUAAAUGGUGCAUUAGUAACCUUUUCUAUUGUAUAUUUUUGUUAGUUUCUGUACAGAUUGUCUCUUUGCUCUUGAUUUCUUUGCUUUGAUGAUUUUUGCUACUUGAUAACUAAUGCACCUUUUUUGUGAGGGGAAGGGGAUCCUGAUUUCAGAAUGAAUUCUGUAUCACUUCUCCUUUGGUUUUCUCUUGUUUGCACUCUGCUCAAUUGUUUUCUAUAUUCUCAAAUCGGCUGUUACACUUUUUUUAAGGUUAAAAAAUUUAAUCCAUUGUGAAACACUUAACUGGACAAACUUUGUAGUUUAGUAAAUUCUAGCCAGAGUCAAUAUAAACCUUUAUAUGUAAAAUCCGGCCCAGUCACAGAGGUAGAAUUGAGCACUCACGGUAGUUCAGUUAAGAAUUAGAGUUCAGGAACCGCGAGUUCCACUGGGAUGCAGCGCUGAGUGCAUCUUAGCACUUACUGUUGGGUUCUGACCUGCUGGAAGCAGGGAGGGGGUGUGAAGACCGCAGGAUGGGGGAGCUUAGGAAGCGCGUCAGCUUGCUGGAAGUGUUGAUUCCAUUUUCCAUUUCAGCCAAGCAAGGAAAGAGGAAGUGGAAUCUUUUUGCCGUUGAAGGUUGCAGGAAGAUGACACCAAGUUCCUUUUGUUCUCUAAGGGAUAGUGGGAUGCUGCACCACUGGGCGUGUGUUUGGUCUGCAGGAAGUUGUUACCUCACUCCCACAGGGUCUGGACUAGGAAUCCAGAAUCGUUUCUGUCCUCAGUACCCUGCCAUCCAGGAAUUAGGUUCUUUUUUAUAUAUAGGCAUGGUGUUAUCUCCUGGUUGUAAGAAUAUUGGGGUCUUCCUAACACAAUAAUGUGGGAAAUGGAACCCCUUUUGUUCUUUCCUUAAUCGGAAUAAAAUAAGAAAGGAAAAAGUAGCUGCAGUUGUCUGGCAAUGGAACAUUGAUUCUUUAAAAUAAAUCUGAAAGUAAAAAGUAACUUGAAUGAAUUAUGGUUGGCAAACUGAGAAAUCUGCUGUUGCAUAUGCAGAGUGAGUUACUUAGUUUAUUCUUCUCUCAGCCUCUUUGAUAGCCACUUCACUCUGCUACUACUGAACUUUCUCCUAAAAAUAAAUACUUUAUUUUAAAUCAUUUAUUUCUGUCUCCUCAAAAUAGUUCUAUUAACCUUACAGUCAGGAGUCUGUUCGAAUGAGGGUCCCUUUGAAAUUCAGGGUGACAAACAGAACAUUCUCUUGUAGAGGAAGAGUGAAAAUUGAGCCCACAGUGAGUGAGAACUUUCUGAUUAUGAAACCUUGAAACUUGGUGAUCCUUAAAGCUGUAAUCUCCACAACUUCGGAACUAAUGGAAUCACUUUGAAUACUCUUUUUCCCUCCCACAGAAAUUUCCUCAGUUCCACUCAGUUUAUUAGUUAAAGGUACUAUGACCAAAGGAUCAGGGACUCUGCGUGAAUAGCAUGGUUCCAGCGAGUUAGAGAAAACCCACUGUUAAACCAUGGUGGUUUCUAGUGGUAUAGUGUUCUGAUGGACAGGAUUAUUUAUUAAUAUUUACUUCCUUCACCUAUAUAAAUGCCAUCUUUGCUGGUGCCCAGAAAAGAGAAACCCCUCUCUAAGGUUGUAGCUGCUUGUUUUGUGAUAAGUAUUUUGCCACACCUUUGAAAAACUCACGCUAACCCUCUAUCUUAUUAGGUAAAGGCAUUGAUUCAAUUUAUGUUUCAAAACAGAAACAAACAGGGUAGUUACCAAUAUAGCACAUGUACCUGAUUCAUUUUUGUAGCUUCUGACUAAAUCCAAGAUUUCCUCAAGGGAAUCAUCUUUCUUCCUAGAAUCUGAAUAAUCAGCCUGUUUGUUUUCUGCCUAGAUAUUUAUCCUAAGCAGAGGGGAGAGAGGUACCUAGACCACAUCAUCUCUGAGCUUCAAUAACUAAAGACAAAUAAGCAUCCCUGACUGGCUUGAAUGUUUUGGCCCACAGUGUGUGUGUCUGUGUAAAUAAACUGUCUCUGUGUAUUUUACUUAUAAUGUGUAAUGGAUAUGGAAUGGUACCUCACUACAGUGUUUCUGACAGAGUAGUUCUGAGAUACUUGGUUAGCAUCAGCACUACUACAGCCUUGUUCCCAUUGUAUGACUCACUAAUAUUAUCUGCAGGAGCCUCUGGCUAUGCUAAUAGAUAUUGGACAAGAGGGCAUUCUUAAAGCUGUGUAUAAUGUAUUUCCAUAGUUCAUCUUUAAAAACAACUGCAAAGGUUAUUUUGCGAGAUCCCAGAUUGCCCAGGCAUGGUGGUGUCCAUCUUUAGGGGAUGGGCUGAGAACACCUCCUCCCUGAGGCCUCUGAAAGGUUUCUGUCUGUUGUUAGUGCACCUAGCAGGCCAAGAGUCCAUCCUAUAGGAGGAAAUGCCUCUUAUUUGACUAGAUUCUGAAAAUCUUGCCAGAGCCAACCACGUAUUCUUUUGUGAUAAUUUCUUUCCUCUGGUAUCUGGUCAGAAGACGGUGAAGACGUUUCCUUUCACAGCUGCGCCACGCCAGCUGCCCAGUCACGGUAGAGGGGAGCGUUCUUCCUCCUCUUCUCCCGCAGGUACCCUCUGCCCAACCCUGCUCCCCACCAGACCUCAGCACUGGAGCCUUGGGAUUUCUCUCAUGUGAUGAAUCAUUAUUCCUCUUCAUAUAAAUACACUUAAUAUUAAUUUUUAGUAUAGAAAAUCU